UACCUUACACGUCGCAAAUGACCCCACACACUCACACACCACCUGUCAGGAGACUCCGAGCCCACAUAACCACAGACAGCCUGAGCUGGAGGACACACACAAUCUGAGGGAAGUUUUCCUGCAACACAACAAGUAUCAGUGGAUCCGGUCUGCUCUGCUCUGAGACCAGCUGCAAGGUAAACAACACAUCUGAACAAUAGAGGAGAAGAAACUUUGAAAAACGAGGCACAAAAAGAAGCUGUCGUCAAAUCAAAUUAAUGAUGGUUUUGAAAAAGCUUCUGGGUUUCGGGAAACAGCUGCUGAGAGUGAAGGUUGUCGACUGCAACUCAGAGGAAUCGCGACUCUCCCGAUGUCUGAACACCUUCGACCUGGUGGCUCUUGGUGUGGGCAGCACCUUGGGAGCUGGGGUGUAUGUCCUCGCUGGAGCGGUUGCCCGGGAAAAUGCCGGACCGGCCAUCGUGCUUUCGUUCCUCAUCGCAGCCCUGGCCUCAGUGCUCGCAGGCCUCUGUUAUGCAGAGUUUGGGGCAAGAGUGCCAAAAACGGGCUCAGCGUACCUGUACAGCUAUGUGACUGUAGGGGAGCUAUGGGCCUUUAUAACUGGCUGGAACCUUAUACUUUCAUACGUUAUAGGUACAUCAAGUGUUGCCAGAGCUUGGAGUGCCACAUUUGAUGAGCUCAUUGGAAAGCAAAUUGAGCAUUUUUGUCGACAAUACAUGUCUAUGAAUGCUCCGGGCAUUCUGGCGGAGUACCCAGAUAUGUUUUCCGUAUUCAUCAUCCUCACUCUCACAGGCCUUCUGGCCUUCGGGGUGAAGGAGUCAGCCAUGGUCACCAAAGUGUUCACCUGCAUCAACAUCCUGGUGCUGUUGUUCAUGGUUGUAUCUGGACUGGUCAAAGGUACACUGAAGAACUGGCACCUGGACCCUGAUGAGAUUCUUAACGGAAACAAUUCCACCAUCAACAGUGCCACACAGCCCCUGCCAACAGAAGAGAUUCUGGGUGAAGGUGGGUUCAUGCCUUUCGGCUUCACAGGGGUCUUAUCAGGGGCCGCUACCUGCUUUUACGCCUUUGUUGGGUUCGACUGUAUCGCAACUACAGGUGAGGAGGUGAAGAACCCCCAGAGAGCCAUUCCCAUCGGCAUCGUCUCCUCCCUCCUUAUCUGUUUUGUAGCGUACUUUGGUGUAUCGGCCGCCCUCACCUUGAUGAUGCCGUAUUACAUGCUGGAUAAGAACAGCCCACUUCCCGUGGCCUUUAAGUAUGUCGGCUGGGAAGGAGCCACGUACGCUGUGGCGGUAGGCUCCCUUUGCGCCCUGUCCACCAGCCUGCUUGGCGCCAUGUUCCCCAUGCCCCGUGUCAUCUGGGCCAUGGCUGACGAUGGCCUGCUCUUCAAAUUCAUGACUGGGAUCAACGAGAGAACAAAAACUCCCAUACACGCCACUAUAACAGCAGGCUUUGUCGCAGCUAUUAUGGCUUUCCUGUUUGACCUGAAGGACCUGGUUGAUCUGAUGUCUAUAGGAACUCUUUUGGCCUACACACUGGUCGCUGCCUGUGUUCUAGUACUAAGGUACCAGCCCGAGCAGUUUUCUCCAACAUAUCACAUAGCCAAAACACAGGAAGAGAUGGAAAUGAGUGAGACCAUAAGUACGCCCAGCAUGGGGAUUCUUCCUGGCAUAGAAGAGCGUUUCAGCUUCAAAACACUGAUCUUCCCCAGCAUCACUGAACCCUCCAACCUUUCAGGCUUCACCGUUAACGUCUGUGCGAGUCUGCUUGGUCUGCUGAUCUUCAGCUUCAGUCUGAUGGCCGUCCUGGGCGGAAGUGCAAUGUGGAAUAUUGUCGCUCUCUGUGUCUUGUUCAGCAUGUGUGUCAUUGUCACAUUUAUCAUCUGGAGACAACCCGAGAGUAAAACCAAGCUCUCUUUUAAGGUUCCUUUACUUCCAUUCAUCCCGGUGGUCAGCAUGUUUGUCAACGUGUACCUGAUGAUGCAGCUGGACAGGGGUACUUGGAUCCGAUUCGCCAUCUGGAUGUCUAUAGGACUCAUAAUCUACUUUGGCUAUGGAAUCUGGCACAGUACUGAAGCCACACUGGCCCAUUCCAGUAUGGACGAGGAACUGAGUGUGUACAAACCCGCCCACGGCCUAAACAGGGACAGUGUGACCCCGGAAAAGGAGGCUUUCCUCUGUAAUGGAUCACGGGGUGAUGAGGACGGAGAUCUCUAAUGUGGAACAGUGUUACAUUAUUUACUAAAACUUUACAUGAAAGCACACCUUUCAUGUAAAGUUUUUGUGGUUGUGAGGUUGUGAGGAGCACAGGCCGUUGGAAUCGAACCCAUUUAACAAUGUCACUUCCUUGUCAAGAAGUCUAAGAGUUUUAAGUGAGUGGAGUCACUUAAAACACAACUCAAGGGUUUCGUUUCCUACUUCAGAAAUGUUGAAGAAACCAAAACAGGCACAGGACCUUUUAUUGAGUGGUUGUAGAAUAAAAAAAACAAUGUAGGCAUCUGUGAGCUGCAGUAUUUCAUGUUGACGGCUGCUUUUACUGAAUGAUCUAACUGAACUUGUGCCUUUUGUCUUACUAUUGCAAUUGAAACUAACCAGAAUUGCUUGAUCUAAAUCUUAGAUGUCAGUGUUUAGGGUUUUACGUAUCUGAACAUGCCUUUACAAAGGAGGAAAUCAAAUCAUGCUUGGCUUUUCUGCUGAAUUUGUAGUGUCUGAGCAGUCCCAUUUAGAAACCUUUUCUGGCUGAUUUGAACUGCCCUGAUCCAGAAUUUGUAGGUUUUUGCUGGUCCACCUAGAUUAGACCUUUAGAUAGUACUGCCACCUGGUGGUGUGGUGGUAGGGCAGUCACCAGGGUUAGUUGCUUUUAUCUGUCACAGUGCUGGCUACUGUGUCGUCUAUGCAGAUUGAGUCUGCCUCUUCGUCUGCGUCUUAAUGUUGCAUAAGCAGGUGUUUUUUUAGGAUAUUUGGAGAGAAGUUGAUAAAUAGGGGUAUGUUUAGGUCAUUUAAGGUGUUUGGACAUGAAUCAUUGUGAUACACCAUUGUGUUUAUGUCAGUCAAAAUAUUUGAAAUAAUUUCUAGGUAC